AAAUCAUUCUGAUUGGAGAUCUGGACUUGAUCCACAACAUCGAACCUUCCGACCAAUUGAUAAGACUGAUUGAUCUUGGUCUGCCUACGUCGACGUAGGUACGUACUGGAAUUGAACACUUUCAUGAUUUUGGUGGAGCUUUCAACUUGUUGCUUUAUCUGAGCUUCUACCAAAGCUGCCAACUUGAAAAAGGACGGGCAGUUCUAAAAACGACACUCCAAAUAUUGACGGCGCAGCUCUCUCUAUUGAAACUUGCUUACUUCUACGCCGUCCCCUUAUAAUUUCUCUCCGAGAUGGCGCAAGUAAUAUCCAAUUCCGGCCACGAUGACAUGAUUCACGAUGCUGUCUUGGACUACUACGGCCGACGACUCGCAACAUGCUCUUCCGACAAGACUAUCAAGAUAUUCGAGAUUGAAGGUGAAUCACAGCGACUAACCGAGACAUUAAAAGGUCACGAAGGCGCAGUAUGGUGUGUUUCCUGGGCGCAUCCUAAAUAUGGCAACAUCCUCGCCUCGGCGGGCUACGACGGCAAGGUCUUCAUCUGGCGCGAACAGUCAAACCAAUGGCAAAGAAUUUUCGACUUUGCCCUCCACAAAGCCUCGGUGAACAUGGUCGCAUGGUCACCCCACGAAUCGGGCUGCCUCCUCGCUUGCGCGUCCUCCGAUGGAAGUGUCUCCGUGCUCGAAUUCAAGGAUAAUAACUUCUCCCACGUCUCGUUCGCCGCCCACGGCCUCGGCGUCAACUCUGUCUCUUGGGCGCCAGCUACAACACCCGGUAGCAUCGUUUCCUCGGCACCUACAGGGCCUGGUGCUCUUGGCCAACGCCGCUUCGUAACGGGAGGUUGUGAUAAUGUGCUCAAGUUGUGGGCUUACGACCCCGCCACACAAGGUUACAAGCAAGAGAGGGAACCGUUGGCAGGCCACACAGACUGGGUGCGAGAUGUAGCGUGGAGCCCAACUGUAUUACAGAAGAGCUACAUUGCUUCAGCAUCGCAAGACAAGACUGUACGAAUCUGGACAAGUGACAACGCCAGCCAAGGCCAAUGGUCGUGCAAGGUGCUGAACUUUGAGGCGGAGGUCUGGCGUGUCAGUUGGAGCCUUAGCGGGAACGUAUUGGCUGUUAGCGGCGGCGACAAUAAGGUCUCACUGUGGAAGGAGAACCUGCGAGGCGAGUGGGAGUGCGUCAAGACGAUGGAAGAAUAGGGUCCUAGCCUAUCGGAUAAAUGAACUAACCACCUACCGCAAGGAAGAAAGUGGUCGAGAGGAUGACUUGUUACGAAGCCCGGCGUUUAAGAAGUAGAUGGGGGCACUAAUUCGGCUGGACUGUUGAGUCACCAAAAAGGCAGAGUUUCUUAUAUUUUGCAUCAGCCUUGAAAAUUCAUGAAAUAAAUGCGAUAUCCUACAUUCAUCGUACAUAAAGUGAUAUGGAUAUUGUUAUGGAGGUUGUAGUAGUACAGCUUCUUGACUCAAAAUGUGCCAUCUCCUGUUUUCUUUCCCUAUGUCGAUCUACUAGAAGGAGAACUGACUUCGAUUCGUUCCACAGCUUACACCCUUUUGUGGCUUGAAGUCUUUUAAUUUGAGAUGGUCCUUGAUAGUUUAUUUUAGAAAGGAUAUUCUAUAGCUUGUCAGAAUAUUGUCGUAUCAAUGCAUUUAUUUUCAUUCGUACAUGGGUGUGUAUGUCGAUGUUGAAUUGGGGUUACUUCCUUCCCUUGACUUCUACAAUUGGCCAUUCACAGCGAAGCUUCUUAUUAAGAGGCUCUUUGUAGAUUAUUCCGAGACUGUUUCCAACCAUAAUUUAGACUCGGUUCCGAUACGCAUAUAUUUAUGAAAGUAAGUCUUCUUGCACUGCACAUAAAGAUGAAAGAAAGUUAAUUC